AGAGCUUUCCACCAGGUUCGCCUGGUGCGCCAAUUGCGCCCCUUUCUAGACCGGGAUGCCUUGUGCACAGUCACUCACGCCCUUGUGACGUCUCGUCUGGACUACUGCAAUGCUCUCUACAUGGGGCUCCCCUUGAGGGGCAUCCGGAGGCUACAGUUAGUCCAGAAUGCAGCGCUGGUGAUUGAGGAGCCCCUCGUGGCUCCCGAGUGACACCUAUCCUGCGCCGGCUGCACUGGCUACCUGUGGCCUUCCGGGUGCGCUUCAAGGUGUUGGUGAAUGUCUUUAAAGCGCUCCAUGGCAUAGGGCCGGGAUACUUACGGGACCGCCUGCUGCUACCGAAUACCUCUCACCGACCCGUGCGCUCUCACAGAGAGGGGCUCCUCAGGGUGCCAUCGGCGCGACAGUGUCGUCUGGCGACACCCAGGGGAAGGGCCUUCUCUGUGGGGGCUCCCGCCCUCUGGAACGAACUCCCCCCAGGACUUCGUCAACUUCCGGACCUCCGAACCUUUCGCCGCGAGCUUAAAACCUAUUUAUUCAUCUGCGCUGGACUGGGGUAGUGUUUUAAUGUGUUUUAAUGGGUUUUAAUGGGUUUUUAGUUCCAAAUUUUAAUUCUGGCCAAUUUUAAUAAGUUUUUUAAUUGUAUUUUUUAAUCUGUAUUUAUAGUAUUGUAUUUUUAUUUGGCUGUGAACCGCCCUGAGUCCUUCGGGAGAAGGGCGGUAUACAAAUGUAAAUAAUAAAUAAAUAAAUAAAUAAAUACUUCUAUUAAGCCUGUUUGCUACUAAGAGAUUUGGGCUGCACUGAAAUCAAAGUUCUUUUCUGCCCUCCAGUGAUCAUCUGAAGUUUUGCAUGAUUACUACAAGCCAUGCAAAAGGGGGAGUUUGAAAAAAAGAAAAGAAAAACUGGCCGGUAUAUCUGAAAUGGACAACCCAAGGGCAAAGUCGAUGGAUUCAGUUACAGUGGGUGUGACUAGGCAGCAGCCAGGUGCAGCAGUAAUAUGCUCCCAGCUUUUUCCAUCCAGCUAAGAGGAAAAAAAGUAAUAUCCUGCAGCAGGCUGAAAUUGCUACCAAGAUUUGCAGCCGGCUAAAGACAAUUUUGGAGAGGCCUACAAGUUUACAAAAACAAUGCUAAUGCGGAACAACUGCAAGAAUUUUAUGAAAUUUGGAGGUUUUAUCUUUGCAUCUGUCUGCGCUUGGUAUUUGGGGACAGUAUUGGCAUAUCUCAUACCUCAAGAUCCAUUAGCAUCAACAUUUGAUCAGCUGCUUCCAGAAAAGCCAAAAUUUUCCAUGCCAGCCCCCAAAAGACAGAAAUGUGACCACUGGUCUCCGUGUUUGGCUGGAAAUUAUGCUUAUCGGGUGCUCAGUGGAGGUGGGAAGGAGAAAUUUCCCAAAAUCUGUUUUGAAGAUAAAUUACUCAUAAGUGAACAAGAAGGAAAUGCUGGAAGAGGAAUAAAUAUUGCAAUUGUAGACUAUAAGACUGGAAAAGUUGCUGCUACAAAUUAUUUUGACAUGUGGGAAGGAGAAUUCUCUAGACCAAUGACUGAUUUUAUUAGCAAAGCUCCACAGAAAUCUCUAAUCUUUAUGGUGACUCAUGAUGAUGGAAGUACAAAGUUAAAAGAGGACAGUAAGAAAGCAAUAGCAGAAUUGGGAAGUAAGGAAAUAUGGAAUUUGAAGUUUAGGUCAGGCUGGGUGUUUUUAGCUGCAAAAGGUUUUAAAUUACCAGAAAAUAUACAAAAGGAAAAGAUAAUUCAUUCUGACAAUAGUAAGAAUCGAUACAGUGGAUGGCCAGCUGAAAUCCAGAUUGAAGGCUGUAUUCCAAGAAACCUAACAAGCUGAAUUCUAAUGUUUGCAAAAUAGCCCACUGCAUAUUUAUUUAUAUGGAACUAUUUGCCCCCAAAAGCUGGUUGUCAAAAGCUGUGGACAAAAAAAAAUUUCUGGAUAAAAUCAAUUUGAAAUGCUGGAUUCAAUUGCAGAAUUGAUUUUUAUCGUGAAUAGUAAAUAAUUAUAGAUGUGUCCCCUUUCCUCACACCUGCUUUAUCUUCUCCUUUCAUGAUGUUGGGUUGCAACACCCAUCAUUUCCAGCCACCACAAAAGAGCUAGAAUUUUGGAAAUUAUGAUCUUAGUCAUUUGACACUCACCAGGCUUGAAAAAGAUGAAAAAGAAAAGUAUUUUCCUAUUGAUGUUUUAUGUUGUCUCUUAGAAAAGCAAUGUGUUGAAAGCAAAGAAGUGCCCUGCAAAUGUGCAUUUGUAAAUUUGCUGUCUCUGUGUGUACAUGCCAGAAAGCUCACUAGCACUAAAAGGGCCCAUCCAUGCACCCAGUUUAAGUGCCUCUAGUUUGUGAGAUGGCAUAAAAGUGCCCAUGUCAUUUGCCCUGUCCCAAAUACCAGAUCUCUACUUUACCAUAAAACAAGAUGAGGGGGUGGUACUUUCUUGACAGCUUUCCUGUGGUGCAAAGAAAAAUGAUAGAUGGAAUUCCCAAUGGUGGGGAAAAUAUUCACUAAUUGCUGUCCCAGUAUAAGCAGCUUUGGGGACGGAGGUCAUUUUUAACAAAUCAUUAGACCUCUGGGUUUAGCCAUCUGGCAGAACUUGAUCUGCAGGGUAAGUGGAGUCUUUUUUGCCUUUCCUGAUUUACCCCCAAAUCAUUACUAGUUUCAUUGAUGAGGUGAUGAAGCAUUUCAUCCCAUCCAACAAACUACCUUUCUCUCUCUUGGUUUGUUGCUAAAAUUCUUUGCUCUCCUGGUUUUCUUCCAGGAAAAGGAAAAGAAAGGCUGUGUCUUUUUCUCCCUGUCUUGCUUUUUCUCUCACUGUUUGGACUCUGUCUCACUCCUUCUCUUGCUCAUUUGCUCUUUUGCUUGUUCUAUUUCUCACUAUCUCUGUUACUCUGUCUAAAAACAGCUGAUAGCUGGCCUGCUGAUAAAUAGUGACAGGUGGACUCCCCCCACCCUUUGUUUUUUUUGCUUGACUUCCCCGCUGCUGCCUAACCUUAAUGCAGUAAAAAUGGUAGCCCUGGCCAAUUUGAAAAAUAUUGGACUUGCAUUAUUCCAAAUUCAUGUAAAUAGCAUUUUUAAAGGAAUAAUUUAACAACUUUUGCCAAGGGAAUCCCCACUUACUCUUUUGAAAAUUUCAGAGGCAGUUGCCAGGGCAGAAAAGAAUGGAUUUGUUUACUGCAGCAUUAAGCAGGUAGGAGGAGCUGGGCAGAUUCCAGCCCUGACUAUGUCAACAUCAUGGUUGCUGCUGAAGCACCCUCAGUCAUGGUAACAAGGAUUGGGUAGGGAGAAGAUGGAAAACAUCACAUCACAUUAAAUGAAUAUGCAGUGAAGAGACCUCAGUGAUGAAGUAGAAAUGAGACACGGAUGAAUCAUAAGGUAUAAUAAGCAAUAAAUAACCUUAAGUAAUGGUUACUGAAACAUAUUUAAGCAUUUAAGUGAUAUGGAUGUGCCAUGUCAAUUUAGCAACAAAUCAACAAUGAAGCUAGUUUGAAAAUCACUUUUUUAAAAAAUCACUUUCUGUUUUAGUGCCCUAUUCUCAUGCCUAGUUAUAAGAACCUUUCAUGACCUCACAGUAUGCUACAAUAUUUAAUAUAUGCAUUGCUUUAGAUAUGGUAAGGAGUGGUGCAGUGGCCUAGUGGUGGAGCUGUCGCCUCACAAUCAGGAGACUAUGAGUAGAGGUAGAUAUUUCUCUCUCUGGGCACAGUGAGAAUAUAUUUGCUGCGAACUCCGCAUUGGUGACAGGAAGGGCAUCCGGCCAGUAAACACUCAACUCCAUUCAGUUGCCCCAACUCCACCCCAAUGGAAGGGAUUAUGGGGGUCAUUAAAAGACAAAAAUAUUGCUUUAGAUAUGGUAAGAACAAUAAACUAUUCAUAUUUAAAUUCUAUUUUGUCAUACAUUUACUUGUGACUACCAUAUACAAUUGAUGCUAACAGUAGUCAGAGAAGUGGCAGAAUGACCUCAGGAUCUUAUGGUAUUAUUCAGCUUGGUGGGAUUUUGGACAUGAAUCCCUAGGCCAGUAGACUUUGGCUCCACAGCAGAAAUAAUUGCAUUAGUCAUAAAUGGGUUGUAGGAGUGACAAAACAAUUCAUUUAAAUGGGUUUUAGACUGCUAAAUCAGAAUAAAUUUGAUUGCAGUUACUUCUCCCUUUAUGCCAACUCUUGCCGGAAUUUCUUUAAAUAUAUGUAGUCCUCACUUAAUAACUGCAACUGGAACCAGCAACUCCUUCAAUAUACUACACUGUUAUUAAGUGAAACAUCACAAGACCACAGCAGAUUUACUAAGUAAAUUUAGCUGCAGUUGUUAAGCAAAACACAAUAGAUUGUUAAGCACAAUGUAUGAUCACAAUUUUCAAAUCAUUGCCAGCUUCCCAAUUGAUUUUUCUCGCAUGCAGCUAUCAGUGAAGCUUACAAAUCUUGUGACCAGGUGAAUAUGCCGACGCAGCAGCCAUCAUAAAUGGAUGCUGAUUGUAAAGUGCUCAUACGGUGGGAUACUGUGAUACUGUGGUUUGAGGAUCUACUUUUUCAUUUCUGUCAUAACUUUGGUCUCUGGAUGAGCAGUUGGUAAUCAAGAAUUGUCAUCUGUCAGAAAUGACGUAGGGUCUCCUGCCUGGGCGGGGGGUUGGACUAGAUGACCUACAAGGUCUCUUCCAACUCUGUUAAUCUGGCAACUAUCUGUAAUGACUGUGCAUCUGCAAAUUAGGCUGGAUAGAGAUCUGCUCUUACCCACAAUAAUGCCAAAAUCAUUGUAAUAAAAGUGCAUUACUGAUAUGGGGCUACGCCCACUUUUCAAUUGAAGGAGAAAAGACCACGAAGGAUUGGAGAAACAAGAAUUAUUUAUUUAAUUAUCUGCGCAAAUAGGUACAGACUUCCACUCACGUGGAAAAGAAAGACUGGAUACCAGGCACCGCCCAGGCAUAUUCUUUUAUAGUAUUUGGUACAGAAAGUAGCAAACAGGAAAACACGAGGUGAUACGUAAUUGGUUUACAGUUAACUUGACCAUAUAUGGCAUUAUCAUACACCUUUCAAGACAUGAGCCAUCUUCUAACACGUGUCGCUAGUUGCUUUCCUUACCCUAUUCUUACCCAGUAUGUUCCAGGGGUUAAGACAUAAACAGUUACAGUAUGUAGAAAUAGUUCUUUCAGGUUGCAACAUAAUUCUUCUGUCAAGCUAGAUGCUUUCUGCUUUCCCACACACAGUAAUGUUCCAUAAUUGAUACAGAGUUAUAUGAUUAUAAAGACUACCAAGAGUAUAU